AUGUCCGGGCUGCUUUACACACUUCUGGGGCUCGCGGCCAGCACGAGCCUCCAUUGCGCCGUUAGACGCGAGAUAAGCCCGUGCACCUGCCGACAGGAGGAGUUCUCCAGUCCCGUUAUCAACCCGGCCGCGGCGGCCGCCGCCGCCGCUGCGGCCAAUACCGCGAACAAUGCCGGCCAUCACGGACACGGGGAACGGAUCGAGGUGGUGUGCGAGCGCAUGGACUCAUUCGAGCAGGUUGCGGGCGCGUUAAGGGGUAAAUUCACCGCGGAGCAACAGAUCACGCUGAGGGUGUCGCAUUCGAAUCUCAGGGACAUAUCGCGGCAUGAUUUCAAAGAGCUGCGUAUGUCCAUCACGAGGCUCGAGCUGAACCACGAUCAUCUGGGGUACGUGGACGGCGGCGUUUUCGCGGGUUUGGGAAGAACACAGUACCUUAGUCUUGCGGAUAACGAAGUGCCGUCUAUACCGAGGCACAUUCUGACGCAUCUAUCUCUGCUGAGGACCCUAGAUCUCAGCAGAAAUCGGAUAAGCCGCAUAGACCCCGAUGACUUCAAGUACAAUCCGACGCUGCAGCACCUGUCUAUGGCCGGGAACGCGAUUUCGGAAAUGGUACCGGGCUCGUUGCCGCCAUUGGUGAAACACCUCCAUGUCGGUCGGAACCACCUGCAAAGUCUGAAUCGGACUCUAAGAGAUUUGAAUCAGCUGGAGUGGCUGUUAAUUAACGCGAACGAGCUGACAUCCUUGGACGGUGAACUACCAUCCUCCGGUCACAACUUGAAGAUGCUCUACGCGGUCGACAAUCAACUGACACAUUUGCCCGCGGAAUUUCGUUACCUGCAUCGUUUGGAGACAUUGUUCCUCCAGCACAAUAAGAUCCGGAGCUUGGACGGCACGUUGCAGAAGGCCCGACGACUGAAAUUCCUCGAGCUUUCGUACAACGACUUGCAAGAGUUGACAGAGGAGGAUUUCAUAGAGGCGGAGAUGCUGGAAGACCUCGAACUUGGUCACAACUCUCUGAAAUCGUUGGGCGGCACGGUCGGCGGAAACGGGGACGGAAACGGGGGCAACAGUGUCCUUUACCCUCUCAGGUCGCUGAAGAGCUUAAACUUGACGCACAACGAGCUUCGCGAAUUCUCCUUCGCGUCGCUUCGUGGUCUGCGGGAGCUAAGAUUGCUCGAUCUAUCGAACAACAGAAUCGCGCAACUUCAUCGGGGACGGACACCGUCUGAGAAUUUAGUGGAAGAAGAAGGGGAGGAAACGGCGGGCGGCAAUAUACAGGACAUGCGUCUUCAGCACAAUGAGUUACGUAGCUUGGACGGCUCGUUGUUCUUGGGAAUGAAGGAACUGCAGAGGUUGAAUCUCAGCCACAACGCGCUGGGACCGACGAUCGGGCCCCGCGAUUUACGGGGUCUUGACGGCCUCAAGGUCCUCGAUCUUUCUCACAACGAGCUCACCACUCUUGAGGACACGUCAGAGACGUGGUUACCGUCCCUGGAGGAGCUGAAUGCCUCGCACAAUCGGCUGGUGACGCUGUCCGAGAGGGACUUCCGUGGGUUUCCGGUUCUCUGCUGGGCGGACGUGAGCGCGAAUCGGAUACGCACUCUAAUGCCGGAACUGGUGAUGAACACUCGUUGCACCGUUCACGGAGUCCAGGACGUACUGCGCAUAUAUCUUCAAGAUAAUCCGGUGCUGUGCGAUCCCGGACUGGCCGACCUGACCGUGGCUCUCGAGGUGAAUCAUGCGAAGGUCUACGGUGUCGCGAACGAUUGUCCGACGACCGCCUCGACGCCGGCGGAACAGACGUCGCCGCUUCCGCCGUUGCCGGCGACGUUGCUGUUGGCCGCGGCGGCCGCAGCUUCCGGCGGGAACGUGUCCUUCGCGGCGACCCUCGAGUAA